AUGACUGAGCUAGCGGCUGGCGCCGUGAGCUCACUGCUGGCCGUCGUCCGCAACGAGGCGCUGUUGCUUGGCGGCGUCAAGGACGACGUGCAGUUCAUCAAGGAGGAGAUGGAGAGCAUGAAGAGUUUCCUGGCGCACCUAGCCCGGAGCACGCCCCCCGGCGGGGAGCACGACGAGCAGGGCAGACUCCGGCGCUACCUCUGGUGGGUUUACUGGUUCCUGCGCAAGCUGCUCGCGCAGCACCGCGCUGCGGCCCAGCUACGCCAGCUCAAGGACCGGGCGCGCGAUGUCGGUGAGCGACGAUUGAGGUACGGCGUGGAGGUCCCGACCAAGUCGGCAGCAGGGCAGUCGCCUCCUGCGACUAGGCUAAUGGCGGCGGUAGCAGGUGGCUACGCUGCCAGAGAUGAUGAAGAAGACGGUGACGAUGAUCGGUCGACCCUGGCGACGACCGAUCAUUCUUCCCAGAGAGCAUUGUUUUCUCUCACUCAGGACGACUACGUCAAGGCAAAGAUACGGGAGUGGAUAAAUAAUAUGGUUCUUGCUGCAUGCGACGCCGACGGCAGCGAGACGCUGUCCUUCGUCAUCGGGGCCCCGCCGGACAGAUAUCGGGAUGUUAUCACUCUUGUACGUGAAACUUCGGUUUUCCGUCCCGGCUUUGAGUACCAAAGCGGCUACCAUCUCGCUGUCUUGAUCGACAUUCCGGCACUCCACUUGGAAUUUUUACCACUACGACCCAAGGAGGUUCUCUUCUACAUCUUGCGCCAGAUCAAGCUCGAGUUAAAGCAAGGCACAGAUCAAGGCGAAGGGGAGGCGGAUUCUGAUUUUCGGCAACAAUACUCCCAAAAAUGCCGUAUUUAUCUUGAAAAAAAGGUAGUGUUUUGUAAAAGCAAGAGCAGUAUAGAAAAGAUGAAGAUUUAUGAAAAGCUUGACAAGAUCAAGAGUGGUCUUAGUGAACCACCAAAGGGUCAACAGGAGGACAUGGAUCAGAAGGGCCCAAAGCUUGACAAGAUCAAGAGUGGUCUUCAAAAUCAACCACCAAAGGGUCAACAGGAGGACAUGGAUCAGAAGGACCGAGACCUACAUGCACUUCUUAAGCAGCUACUCUGGUCAUCUCUGCCUGCGUCUCAACAAGACCAAUUGAUGAAGGACAAAGACAUGUCUAAUAAAUUAUCAGCAUCGGACAAUACCAUCCGUUUAGUAGCCGAGAAGCUUAAGGAGCAUAUGGAAGCAAUAGAACAAGGAGAAGAAGGGGGGUUUGGGGGAGGAGUACAAAAUGGAGCAGUAGAAGAAGAUCAUGAAGGAGGAAAACAAAAGGUAGAAGUAAGUCGAGGUGGAGAAAUAGUAGUAGUAGAAGAAGAAGAAGAAGAAGAAGAAGAAGAAGAAGAAGAAGAAGAAGAAGAAGAAGAAGAAGAAGAAGAAAGGAAGAUUUAUCUCCAUUUAGAUCAGUAUGUACACAUCCUGCGGCAAGUGUUCCCGAAGAGCAGCAGCAGCAGCAACAAAUCGUCAGCAAUGCAAGCUACAAAUACUAUAUUUGGAGAGGAUCAAAUCAAACAAAUGAUCGAUGUGUCAAAGCAAGAGAUCUUACGGGAGCUGCACGGAGGCAAAGAUGACAAGAUACAAGAUCAGACAGGUCAAAACAAAGAAGCUAUUUUUUUCAAAGAAAUAGUGCACCAGAAAAUGGAUAAAAUCAGGCAUGAAUUCAAAGAGCAGCUGAAGAUCAAAGGGCUCCUGGACGAUAUUAAAUGUCAACUGAAGAAGAAAUGUCCCCUGUUUAUCCUCAAAAUUGAUGAGACGGUGGAUUUACCCAGAUGGGAGGAUACCAGAAAUGCUUUGAACCUGUUAGAAUGGAGCGGAGAUGUACUGUUCGUAACCACCGCAAAGGACAUCCAGCAAGCAAAAAAAUAUUGCUAUCCACAGAGUGAACCUAUAGACUAUUCUCUCGUUGGCUUCUACCAUGUUACAGUGCUCGAGAUUACUAAGCAGCAGAAGAAUGAAAAGAACUACGAUCCGCAGAUUUAUCGCAUUAUCUUGGAGCAGUGUGAAUCAAAUGAAUUCUGCAUGAUGAUCUUUACUCAUGCUUUGUACGUUAAUCCCAAGAGGAGCAACGAGGAGUUAAACAAGCUGCAUAAGAACUUAUUACAGGCUUCACCAAAAUCAUCAUCAGAUAUCAUUGCUAAGAAGAUGUUCAUGUUCUCUUACACCGAUAUGCCUAAAGAAUACAAGUCCUGCUUGCUGUACCUAGCUAUCUUCCCUCCAGGAUACAAGAUCAGGCGGUCAACCAUGAUUGGACGGUGGGUAGCAGAAGGCCUGAUAUGCAACGAAGAUUGGCCCAGUUCUGUGUGCCAGGCCAACCGAUGUUUUGAUGAGCUCAUCAGCCGGUGCCUUGUUGAUCCUGCUGAAACUGGUGCUGCAGGAAAGGUCAAGAGCUGCGUGGUAAGUGAUCUAGUCCAUGGAUUCAUUACCAAGAUGGCCAGAAAACAACAUAUUUUGGACACACGUCUGUCACAUCACUUGGCUCGCCACUUCUCCAUUUUCAAUGAUCUGCAACUCCGCAGCUCUGACAAAAUUGAUGGAUUCUUCCAGAGGCUCUCUAAAUCAUCUCGAGUGGAGACACGUCUGCUCAAGGUGCUAGAUCUAGAAGGUUGUAAGUGCUUUGGUGGGAAGAACCAACGCUACCUCGAGGACAUCUGUAGCAAGAUGUUAUUGCUCAAGUAUCUUAGCCUAAGAGGAACAGAUGUUACUCAGCUGCCCAGUAAAAUCAACAAUCUCCGUGAGCUGGAGGUAUUGGAUAUCCGACAAACUAAGGUGCCUCCACAUGCAACAGCAAAUAUCCUGCUCUUGAAGCUGAAGCGUCUGCUUGCUGGUCACAUCGAUCUGAAUAAUAAUCCAAGCGAUUUUGGCUCUAGUGGCCGGAUUCCUCACGGGAUCGACAAAAUGGUAAACAUGGAGGUACUAUCUAAUGCCAAGGCCCAGCGCAGUCAUGACUUAAAAGAUAUUGGAAAGCUAUGGCAGCUGAGGAAGCUAGGUGUGGUCAUCGACGAUAAGGAUAGUCACCUCAAGAAUUUGCUUCAGACGGUCAAAGACCUACAUGAGUGCCUCCGUUCUCUGUCAAUCACUACUAAUCCUGUAGCCACACCCACACCAUGCAAGGCGGGUACUCCUCCUAGUGCAGAUGAGUUACCUCGUAACAUUGGCUCUCUCUUAAAAAACAACCCCAAGAUUCUUAGUCUAAGCAUCAGGGGAACCAUGCACAAGGGGCGUCUUCUUCCAUUGUUCGUAAAUGGUUGUGACAGCAAAUUUGCCAAGGUAACUCUAAGUGGCACCCGGGUGAGCCAAGAUGAUCUGGAAGUCGUCCUUGCGAAGCUGCCAAUGUUACGGUGUGUCAGGCUCCAAGACAUUACAUGCACCGACACCGAGCACAAGCUCAUGCUCACCUUCAAGAAGGAAGAAUUCAUAUGUCUUAAGUAUCUUCUCGUUGAGGGCUCGGACUUGACUAAAAUCACUUUUGAGGAAGGAUCAGCCUGUGAACUGGAGAAGAUGGUUCUGUCUUUCACCAGCGCAGGUUCUAUUUCUGGACUUGAUCGGCUUCCAAAAUUGGAAGAGCUUGAGUUGAACAACAGCUUCUGUGGCAGGUUGCUAUCAUCAUUUGACAAUGCCGCACAAAUAGCCAAGUUGACUCUUCGUGGUACAGAAAUAGGGCCUGAUGCUCUACAAAUCCUCACCAAGAAUCCAAAUAUACGCUGUCUUGUGCUCUUGGGCAAGUCUUUUGGCUCGAGAAGAUUGUCUGGUCCUCUAGCACAAUGUCUCUCCGGCAUCGACGAACUUCUCAGAUUGAAGGAGCUCGAGUUCAACGGUGCACAAGUCCCUGAUGAGGUGAGGAAGGCCAUUGAAAAACAUAAGAACAAUCCUAGUCUUAAACUUAAUGGACCAGAAAAGGAAGACUAA